AUGCCUCGCGCGAGUGUCGAUCGUCUACCACCACAGGUGCGGUGCCCUUCCCCUGUCUCUUUCACCCUUUCCUCCUCUGCUUUUGAGACGUCUCAAAAGCCUCCACAGGCUGUCUUCCGCGCAUGGGCUGUAUCCCGCACAUGGCACGCUCUCUUCGCCUCGCCGCUCCUCUUUUCCGCCCGGCGAGUCGAGGGGCGGCAGGAGCAGCUGCUCGCGCUCUUCCACGGGGAUCCCUCCGUUUCGGGCGGCUGGCUGCUGCACCAAUCACAGCGCGACACGUGUCCCACAUCCAACCAAUCACAGGUCACGGGCCCCUCACCCUCAUCCAACCAAUCAUGCAGCGCCACGUGGCGCCGCCGGCGCAUCCCUCCCAUGACCCCCACGCUCAACACCUACGGGCUGUCGGGGUUCGGCCUGGCUGCUGCUGACACGUGUCUCUUUCUGAUUGGCGGAACAGUUUUCGACGCCACCGCCUAUCCAUCCGAUCGACCCGUACCCACCCGGGGUAGCUGCAGGGAGGAAUGCAGCAGCGGCAGUGAGAAUAAGGCGAUGCUGGUGGUCGUGGGAGGGUUUGGUUCGGAACCGGACUGGCAAGUACCCGCAGGAGUGGUGGGUGCUGCUGCUCCAGUCCGGCAAGUGAGAGCCUUCCUCCCCUCCGCUCGUGCAUGGGUCCCAAACCCUUCCGAUUCCUCAAACUCCUCAUAUCCCUCAGACUCCUCAAAUCCGUCAAAUGCGGCGAUGCUGAAUCCAAACCUCGCAGCUGCUAGUGGUGAGCAGGAUUUGAGGCUCUCAUCAGCUGCUGGUGAGAAUGGGUUGACUCUCGCAGCAGCAGAGGCGGUGAGUGGGGUGUGCUUGCCAUUGGAGAGAAUGAGUGCAGGCCCGGUGGCGGUGCUGCAUGGGCGGCUCUACAUGCUGGCAGGUAACACCCUCCUGCGCCUUGGGCCCGCCUUGGACAUUCCUCACAUCAGAUGCUUGCUCACAUCAACCACAGCGGGGUUCUUGGCUCUCAACAGCGAGCUCUUUGUCGUCCCCACCACUCACUCCCUCUUUGGUUGCGGCCGCUCCAGGCGCCUCCCCUCCCAGCAGCACGCCUACUGCCCCGCCACCAACACGUGA